AUGGCCUCCAGUCAAAACAACCAAUCCAAUGAGGGCUCCAGCAAGCAAGAUGAAGAAGGUGCAGGUACUUCGCAGAAAGUGCUCAUCCCUCAGAUCCUACAAAAUGUGGUCCUAGAUGACAAGGUAUCUAAAUUGGUGCCAAUCUUGCUAUUCAAAUAUCAAAAGAAGGAGCUUAUUACCAAGGAAGAAAUGCUGCACAGUGUCGACGAGGAUUACCAUGAGCACUUCCCUCUGAUCUUCAGGGAAGUCUGUAAGUGCAUGUGUCUGGGCUGCGGCAUUGAUGUGAGAGAAGUGGACCCCCCUGGCCACAUAUAUGUCCUCAUCCCUGUGUUGGGCCUUACUUAUAAUGGGAUAUUGGGUGAUGAAGAGAUCAUCCCUAAAAUCGACCUCCUGAUAGUCAUCUUGACUGUCAUUUUCAUGAAGGGCAACCGUGCCAGUGAGGAGGACAUGUGGGAAGUAGUGAGAACACGGGAGAAGUUACCUCAGUGGAAGCGCUUUUUUGUUUGGGAGCCCUGGAAAUUCAUCACUGAGGAUUUGGUACGGGAACAGUACCUGGAAUAUCGCCAGGUACCCAAUAGUGAUCCUGCUAGCCUUGAGUUCCUGUGGGGUCCAAGGACCCUCGCUGAAACCAGUAAGAUGAAAAUCCUACAGCAUUUGGCCAAGGUGUGUAGGAGAGAUCCCAGAUCCUACACAUGUCUAUAUGAAGAAGCUUUGGGGGAGGAGCAAGAGUCUGACUAUGCAUAA